GAGCCACCCAGGUGCCCGGUUAAUAAAUUGUGUUUCUAAAAAGUGAAUGAGACGAGAGAAAUUGGAGGCAGCAAGUAUAGACCAGUCUUCCAAGGAAUUCCUUGAAGCCAUAAAGCCUCAUGGAAGGUUUUGCUUGUAAAUCAACUUUGAAAAUGUAGGAAGUCAGAAUGGAUGACAUCAUCAGAAAAAUAUGUGGAGCUGAUCUCAAGAAGAAGUGAAGAACCCAGAGCAAGAAAGCGGUCAUAACUCCUGAACCCAGGGAGUUGGCAGCGUCUGGGUUUCAGAGGAGCCAGCGUCUCCGAGUUGUCUUGAAAUGAGACUCUGCUAAAUUUCUGCUCUUCUGGAUUUAAGAUCUGAAUGCUGUGACCACUAAUUUGGUGGUUACCCAGAGAUUUAGUGGCAGAAGUAAAACUAGAACUUCAGUAGACAGAGGACCCAGAUCCACCCAACCUUUCGGUAGCAGAGACAAGGCACCAACGAGAAGACAGACUCCUCAGUUGAACCAAGACUCUGAGGCUGAUAUGCAAUGUCACUUACAACAUUAAUCAGAUACUGCAUUUAAGGUCUUGAUGUGGAGGAGAUGGAGGACUCAGAACCAAGAAUUUCCGAGUGAUUCCUUCCAAAGCACAAGAAACUAACUGUUAGUGCUGGUGUGUUCUAACUGAGAUGACAGUCAUGUCCCUUUCCAGGGACCUCAAGGACGACUUGCACAGUGACACAGUGCUCUCCAUCUUAAAUGAGCAGCGCAUUCGGGGCAUUUUGUGUGAUGUCACUAUUAUUGUGGAAGACACCAAAUUUAAAGCGCACAGCAAUGUCCUAGCUGCUUCAAGCCUUUAUUUCAAAAAUAUCUUUUGGAGCCAUACGAUCUGUAUUUCCAGCCAUGUCCUGGAACUGGAUGAUCUCAAAGCUGAAGUGUUUACAGAAAUCCUUAAUUAUAUCUACAGCUCCACAGUUGUCGUCAAGAGACAGGAAACAGUCACCGAUCUUGCAGCUGCAGGAAAAAAGCUGGGAAUAUCCUUCUUGGAAGAUCUUACUGAUCGCAACUUUUCAAAUUCCCCCGGUCCCUAUGUAUUCUGCAUUACCGAAAAGGGAGUGGUUAAAGAAGAAAAAAAUGAAAAAAGGCACGAAGAACCUGCCAUCACCAAUGGGCCAAGGAUCACCAAUGCAUUUUCCAUCAUUGAGACAGAAAAUAGUAAUAACAUGUUUUCUCCACUGGACUUGAGGGCAAGUUUCAAAAAGGUCUCCGACUCCAUGAGAACCGCUAGCCUCUGCCUGGAGAGGGCCGACGUGUGUCACGAGGCGGAGCCCGUCCGCACCCUAGCGGAGCACUCGUAUGCUGUUUCUUCCGUGGCCGAGGCCUACAGAAAUCAGCCUGCCCGUGAACACGACAGCAGCUCCCCUGGUAAGACAGGUAAAGAAAAUUGUGACGCUCCUGCAGCAAAACCGAAAACAUGCCGAAAGCCAAAGACAGUGUCCAUACCCCCGGAUUCUGACUCAGCUACAGACAGUAUACCACCCCCUCCGGUAACCAGCUUAGAGGUUCAUCAAGAAAGAAGCCCACAGCCGGCUGCAGUCCUGCCUCGUUCGAAAUCUCCCAACAACGAAGGAGAUGUCCGUUUUUCCAAGGAAGAUGCAAAUAAAUCCUCAGACGUUCCUGGGCCACCGGCGGCAGAGGUCCCGCCUCUCGUUUACAAUUGUAGCUGUUGUUCCAAAUCCUUUGACAGUAGCGCACUGCUCAGUGCCCACAUGCAGCUUCACAAGCCAACCCAGGAGCCGUUGGUGUGCAAGUACUGCAACAAGCAGUUCAGCACUCUGAACAGGCUGGAUCGGCACGAGCAGAUUUGUAUGCGGUCUAGCCACAUGCCUGUUCCUGGAGGAAACCAGCGCUUUUUAGAAAACUAUCCUACCAUUGGACAGAAUGGAAGUUCAUUCACGGGUCCAGAACCUCUGUUGUCUGAAAACAGGAUCGGUGACUUUUCCAGUACCGGAAGCUCCUUGCCAGAAACGGACCACAUGGUUAAAUUUGUGAACGGGCAGAUGCUCUACAGUUGUGUUGUAUGCAAACGGAGUUACGUGACUUUGUCCAGCCUCCGAAGGCAUGCAAAUGUUCACUCGUGGAGAAGAACCUAUCCUUGCCAUUACUGCAACAAAGUAUUUGCAUUGGCUGAGUACAGGACAAGACAUGAAAUUUGGCACACAGGAGAAAGGCGCUAUCAGUGCAUUUUCUGCCUUGAAACUUUCAUGACCUACUAUAUUCUCAAGAACCAUCAGAAGUCUUUCCAUGCCAUAGAUCAUAGACUUUCCAUCAGUAAAAAAACAGCCAAUGGAGGCCUGAAGCCUAGCGUCUAUCCAUAUAAACUUUACAGGCUACUGCCUAUGAAAUGCAAGAGGGCUCCUUAUAAAAGCUACCGAAAUUCUUCCUAUGAAAAUGCCCGAGAGAACAGUCAGAUGAAUGAGUCUGCAGCUGGCCCCUAUGUUAUUCAGAAUCCACACAGCUCUGAGUUACCAACAUUGAAUUUCCAGGACCGCGUAAACACCUUGACCAACAGUCCCGCCAUCCCCUUGGAAACGUCAGCACGUCAGGAGGUACCCACUUCUGCCAAUGUACAGAAUGCAGAGGGGACCAAAUGGGGAGAGGAAACGUUGAAAGUGGACCUCGACAAUCACUUUUAUUCCACCGAGGUGUCCGUUUCUUCCACGGAGAACGCCGGCAGCUCUGACCUGCCGGUAGGGGAUGUACCCGUUUCAUCUCUGAGUAACGGCAGUGAGCACGCAGCCUCCGUGAUCAGCUACAGUGGCUCAGCACCCUCGGUCAUUGUGCACAGUAGCCAGUUCUCAUCGGUGAUAAUGCACAGCACCGCCGUUGCUGCCGUGGCCAGCAGCAACCACCGAGCCCCUUCAGACCCGGCUGUCAGUCAGGCCCUGAAAGACGACAGCAAACUUGAGCCCGAUAAAGUGAGCAGAGUGGUCAGCAGGCCCAAGAGCAUCAAGGAAAAAAAGAAAACCGUGCUGUGUAACAAGGCAGAGGUAGCAGACGAGUCCAAGUACGUGGCUGAUCCCGGAGGGUCGCUGAGCAAAACCACAAAUGUUAAAGAAACCAGUAAAAUCGAAACCUACAUUGCAAAGCCCGCUCUGCCUGGAACCUCUACAAACAGCAAUGUCGCGCCCCUGUGCCAGAUAACAGUGAAAAUUGGAAACGAAGCCAUCGUGAAAAGGCACAUCCUAGGAUCUAAGCUGUUCUAUAAAAGAGGAAGAAGACCCAAGUACCAGAUGGAGGAGGAGGCUUUGCCACAGGAGAGUGACCCGGAAACCAACAGAGCCAGCCCCCUCGGGCUCUGCCAGUCUGAGUGUGUGGAAAUGAACGAGAUGUUUGACGACGCCAGUGACCAGGAUUCCACCGACAAGCCCUGGCGUCCUUACUACAACUACAAACCCAAAAAGAAAUCCAGACAGCUGAGAAAAAUGAGGAAGGCCAACUGGAAGAAAGAGCAUGAAAACAGGAGCCCAAGCAGUAAGUGCAGAUACCCGGCAGAACUGGACUGUGCCGUGGGGAAGGCUCCCCAGGAGAAGGCCUUUGAGGAAGAAGAAAAUAAGGAGAUGCCCAAGCUGCAGUGUGAACUCUGUGAUGGAGACAAAGCCUCGGGCGCGGGGAAUCAAGGGAGGCCCCACCGGCAUCUCACUGCGAGGCCGUACGCCUGUGAGUUCUGUGCCAAGCAGUUCCAGAGCCCGUCGACCCUCAAGAUGCACAUGAGGUGUCACACCGGAGAGAAGCCAUACCAGUGCAAGACCUGUGGGCGGUGCUUUUCGGUGCAGGGAAACUUGCAGAAACACGAACGCAUCCACCUGGGCGUGAAGGAGUUCAUCUGUCAGUACUGCAACAAGGCAUUCACGCUGAACGAGACCCUCAAGAUCCACGAAAGGAUCCACACGGGCGAAAAGCGUUACCACUGUCAGUUCUGCUUUCAGAGCUUUUUGUACCUUUCCACAAAAAGGAAUCACGAGCAGAGGCACAUUUGGGAGCAUGACGGGAAGGGCUAUGCCUGCUUCCAGUGCCCCAAAAUUUGCAAAACAGCUGCUGCCCUUGGAAUGCACCAGAAGAAACACUUAUUCAAAAGUCCAAGUCAGCGGGAGAAAGUAGAAGGUGACAUGUGCCAGGAGAACUCAAACCCCCUGGAGAACCCACAUGUCAAUGACUCAGAAGACAGUGACCAAAAGGAUAACGUACAAACCAUUGUUGAAAAUGUCCUUUGAGUGGCGAUACUUAGAAAAGUCUUCAAAAAUAUAAGUUGGUGGGUUUGUUGUUUGGGGUUUUUUUUUGUUUUUGUUUUUUAGUUAGCUGUUUUCUUCUGUUUUUUUUUUUUUUUAAAGUUUUGUUCACGCAACAGUCAUGAAGGAGUGAAAUGUAAAAAAAAGAAAAUCUCAUUUGUGAAAAUUCCAGAAAAAAGGAUCCUAAUACCUACUUUGGGUUUUAGCAUUAACUUCAUGCAAAGUGCACAAAAACGAAAUAGCCGAAUCCUCCAGUAUCCCAAGUAUCUUGUGGAAGUUUAUGAAGUUCUUAGCUGUGGUAUUUUUGCCAGUGGGGGUGGGGGGGGAAGAGUCUAAUGUUAGCCUAAUUUAAAACUUUCUAGUAAGUGCUGAUAGGAACUGGCUGCUGAGCUGUCUUUAGUCCACUGGAGAAAACGAGGGUCAGAUAUCAUGAAAACAUCAUCUUCAUAAAUAUGUUAGAAGGUAAAUGAGCUAUGACAGUCAUUUUUCCCAUCUGGCUUCUGUGCUAUUAAAAAUUGUUUAAAUUAGUGGAUAUAUAUGAAAUAUUUAAUAUUAUAGCUGAAAAUAUGUGUGAAAUUGAGUAACCUAAGUAGGACAUUCAUUAUCUAGAACUACUUUUCUGCAACACAAACCUUGUAAAAUACAUAUAUAAAUCACUAUGACUUUUAACUGUCCAUGUCCCCUGUAGAGAAUUAUAAUGGCGAGCAAUAGAUCUGCAAAUAAUGAGGACUGAUGGAAAAAUCGGUAGAAAGCAUCUCAAAUCUGAUUUAAGAGCAUAUUGUUUGCUUUUAAAUGGAAUGCUGUUCCCUUGAAGUUAUGGCUGAGCUAUUACUAGAACUGGUCUGCUCCAGUCACAGAAAACAUAGGUCAUGCCUUAUCUGUGGGGGAGAGCCCUCCCAGAACUUUUCUGAUUACCUGUGCUGUAUAUUACUUUGCAGUGGCCUCACCUCAGAAAAUAAAGAAGGGUCAAAUUCUUCUGAAACUCCCUGCAGUCUUCCAUCCAUCGCAAGGCCAUGGAUAUGGGGGAUCUAUUUCAGACAGACUUAAUCAGUCUCAAGGGUUUACAUAAAACCUGACACCUCCCAUUCCACUGAAGGGGGGGUGUCCAGGAGAUUUAGUGCAAAGCAUGUGUAUGGUGGUGAAUUCCCAGGCACUUGAAAGUGACAGAAAGCCUAAUCCCUAUAAUCGUCAGCCUUGGAGAUUAUACAGCCCACAAAUGUACACUAGUAUGAAACAAAAGGACAUCAGAAACACACCUCCCACCUCACCCAUUAAUGACUUGAGUGGGCAAGAGGAGGCGAUGACCUUCCUUGCCUCAAACAGGAGCUUUGCUUUUUGGGGGUGGGGUGGGGAGACAGAAUGUGGAGUGAUAAGAUUCCAUCACUUACUUACAUGACUCAGAAACCUAUCCCCAAAGCCAGAUGCCUUGUCUUCAUGUUUGCAGACAUCUAGCUCCCUUGCUAAAAACCCACUUGAGUUUUUUCAUGUUCUUUUAUGCUGACCCACACCAUCAGCAUUGCCCUCGAAGUCCAGUUGCCCUGUAGGAUAGUCCAUCAUGUGGACUAGGUUCUAGGAAGCUGGAACUCCUCAUUCUUAUAUUUAAACUGCCAGGAUAGGAGGGAGAGAGAAAUUCCUACCCUUUGAUCAGCAGUGUGAGCAGAAUCCGGAACCUGGUUUAAGGGCGACCUACAGCCAUUCAUGUUCAUGGGAUUUGAUAGAUGGAAGCCCAAGGUUAUCCAAGGUUGCAAAGUCACCACUAUGAAGAAGUAGUUCAAAGGACUCCAGUUCCUCUCUCCAAGUAUUGUGAUAUCUCCACGAAGAAGACUUAAUGUGGAUUUGGGUGGGCAAGAAAACGUUUAAACACCCAGAAAAGGACAUGAUCAGAGCUGACCUUUUUAUAUAGUAGUAUUUUGCUGUUAAGUAACCCCAGUACUGCAUCUGCAUUUAUCUUUUGUUCAUCUACUUUCACUUGCAUACAGUAUUAUGUAAUAGAGGAAAAUGGGAAAAUGCAAGCAAAUUCAACCUUAUUUUAAUACAUUGUAUAUAUGUAUACCUGCAUUAUUCAUUUGGGUUUUGUUCAAAGAGAUAGUCACAAAGGGCUUAUGAAAAUCAUUUCUGAAUUGAUAAUUAAAAUAAUGAAUAGGCAAUUCUGUGAUCUACUAAUUUGUUUUAUCUCAAUUAGGAUUAUUAAUCAAAGAGAAUUACUGUGUAUUUCAGUCAUUUUGAUUUGGGGUAACUCUAAACAUAAAAUUAUUCCAUGUAGUGAUGUCUCCCAGCCCUUACAUGUGGAAAUUUUUUAAGUGGACUUGUGUGCUGAUAAUUCUAGACCAAAGUAAAUAUGGCAGAAUAUUUAUACAUGAAAAAAUAAUUUUGCAAAUAUUUUCUAUAAUUGUAUUAUUCGUUUAAAAUGUUGAUAGCUUGUGUUAGUUUCAGGGAGGGGUGUAUAUUUUGAUAAAAAAAAUACUUGACUUUGUAAUUCUGUAUAUUCUAUACAAUUUAUAGCAGAGCCGUUUUAAGACAGCCUUGUCACAUUUUUUUUGUUAAUUGUGAAAACUUUAUCAUGAGUGAUGUUUAAGUAUGCAUUGAGUACAUAACGACCAACUAGAAUUAAAGUAGGUGUAAACAGUGAGCAUACUGUAUGCUGUACAAGAUAUAUUGUAAUUUGCCGUUUUAGCAUCUGUAUUUUGGUUAGAAGAUAUUAUUAAAUGCAGAUGUUAAGGGUUGGAAAAGUCUAAUUUUAUUUUUAGAAAUAAUGAAUACAAAUUUGGUUUUGCUUGAUUAAAAUAGCUUAUUCCUAUGUUAAGUCUCUUAAAUGUUUUAAUGUUAAUUCUUUUGUGCAGCCAAGCAGCAGUUUCCUCUUUGUGAGUCACAGCCUUGUUUCACGUAUCAUUCACUUAGUAUAUUUCUGUUUCCUUACUUGUUUGCAUUCCAUGAUACCUACUUACAUGCUUAGGACCCAAACGGAAUAUACAUUUAAAAAAAAAAGGCAGAAUAAGCUGGAAGUCUUAUCGUUCGGUGCUUUGGACAGGCCUGACCUUGGCAUGGGGAAUCCGAGAGCCCUGGAAGUGUCUCUGCCCCAGGAGACAGAUUCCAGUUGGUCCCAGGUGCUUGGCACCGUUCUUCCCAUGGGCCGUUUCAUUCAGGUCUUUCCCGACAAGCCUGGGAAGUCGCCCUCACUAUCCACAUUUUAUGGUGACUUUGAGAAGAUCCCACAGCCAGACAGAGUCAGGAUUCCAACCCAGGACUUCGUGACUUCAGAGCCCAUGUCUUCGUUUCUUCUCAGCACCUUAGAGGAAACUGCUUCCUGGAAACUGAGCGGAGAGUAGGAAAGGAGGCGUGAGGAGGGCAGGCGGCGCUAGGACGGCGGUGCCCCAGUGCCGGCUUUCGGGAGGCUGUACUGGCCUCAGCUCUCCCUGGCACACCCCUGCUUUUUGUCCUCACGCCUCAACACUUGGGGCACUUGGCUUUCUCCUCGAUGUUGGGGUAUUGCCCUAUAAAACCAUUUUUUUAAAAACUUGUGCACUUUUUCCCAAGAAUAUGGAGUAAAAUUAUCAUUUAAUGCUGUUCUAAGCUAGUAAUUGCUCACCCAAAGAAAACACUGUGUUCCAUCAUCACAGACCAUACCCCUAACCUUGACUCGUUAUCUUCAGAUGCAUGCAGGGGGUCACACUGAGUAGGUCACGUGGAAGGGUGUGCCAGUGGCUCACGCCGCACAAUCCAUCAGCAACACAGGGAAAAUAACUCAGACUUCCAGUCCUCCUCGUGGGUGGCCGGUAGCACCAAUUUUGUACUGGAAGGGUAAUCCAAACCAGAUCCAGACCAAAACUUUGAUAACUGCUGGCUGUUGAAACUAACGUCAUUGAUCGAGCAAAACAACAGAUUCAAUAUUGAAAGAAUUUGUAACAGUUGAGAAAGCAACUGGAUUAAAAGCAUCAAAACAAA